AGAAAGCGCGACAAAUCCCGGUCUCCACGGAUGACAUCGAAGUGAGGGCUCACUUGAGACAAGUGAAUGAACCCAUUUGUCUGUUCGGUGAGGGGCCGGCCGACAGAAGGGAACGACUGCGACAACUGUUGGCCCGUUUGGGCGAAGACGCCAUCCGGAGGAAGAAGGAGGACGAGAAGGGCGAACAGAAGGAGACGCAGACCUGGUACCACGAGGGACCGGAAUCCCUGCAUUCGGCGCGCCUAUGGAUUGCAGACCAUUCCAUACGAAGAGCCAAUGAAAGGCUCGAAACGGCGAGAGUUCAGAGACAGACACCCGAAGAGACCCGAGCGGCCGCUUCCCAGGAGUUGUACAAGAAUUUGGGCCAAAUUGAGAUCAGUUGCAGUCAAGUGGGAGACAUUCGCCCCCUUUCUAGCUGUCAGUUCAGUCCCGACUGUUCUCUUGUGGCCACGUCUUCCUGGAGUGGUUUGUGUAAGUUGUGGGAAAUGCCUACUCUUGAGCUGCGGUCUACACUUCGCGGCCAUAACUGCAACGCCGGACAAAUCACUUUCCAUCCGAAGUCGACGAAAGGCCAGUCAGAAGAGGCGCUGAAUCUGGCGUCUUGUGGUGUCGACGGAUCCGUCUUCUUGUGGAACCUGAAGAGUGAAGAGCCGAUCGGUAACCU